AUGGAUUCUUCCCGUGUGGUUCCGUACAACAUCAUUCACGAUGCACUCCCUAGGAAAGAGCUUAUGAAUGCCCCCAUUGAGAGCUAUCGUAUCCAACACCUACCCUUAGAACUCUCAUUUGAAGGUGUCAUGGGAGACGAGAUACGGGAUCGCCUAGCCAUAACAAUUGACCUCGUUCACAUCAUUAGAUCCGCUGAUGCCCGUCUAGACGGCUACAAAAGGGUGCGCGUAUGCGUGCUGACAAAUACCUGCCUUCGCUGUUAUGGAUCUGAAGAUAAAGACCGAUAUGCGAGGCUUCUUGAGGAUCCUGAUGGUUACCGCUAUGGUUCGCGGACCAGAUUUCCACGAGGAAGGAAGACGUUUGGCGAUUUAAUUAGCGCCUUUGAGACGUCCAACAUCCCGAAUUUCUUGUUUACCCCCACCAAGGGACAGGGUCCUGCGUUGGGUCUUGCACAUGGGAAGAUUAAAGGAAGCGCUAAGAAAUUUUUGAAGGGCCCAUCAAUGCAUGAGGAUGAAUCAAAUCAUGUAUGUCGGAUCGCGACAACGGCCGACAUGGAAAACGCCCUGGCUCUGUUCGAGGAUUUUUGA